UGACAGCUUGACACAUUGCGAUUCGUUGUGAAAUAUUUCGGCGGUAUUCUCAUAUAUUCCAAAGUAUAGAAAUAUUUUGAAUAACUACUUAAAGAGACGGCACAGUAACACACAACCAUGAAUUUUUCAUUUGGCCAGACCACAACAGCCGCUUCAGGAACUCCCUUUAGUACCAAUACAAUAACGGCAGGAUCGCUAUUUGGAGGAGGUGAUAACAAAACUUUUCAAAGUCCAUCUGGCGACAAUAAAACAAACUUGUUCGGUUCAACCACCACAAGUUCCCAGCCAUUUGGUGGAUUUUCCUUUGGUGCCAAGACAACUGCACCAACAUCCAAUUUAUUUGCAAGUUCUACAACAACUGCCAGUUCCCCAUUUGGUGCAACUAAGCCAUUAUCAUUUGGGGGUUUGUCAGCACCACCAAACCAAACAGUUGGCAGUCCAGGCUUUGGACAGAAUCCACCCAACCAAACGGUUGGCAGUACCGCUUUUGGCCAAGCACCCCCUAACCAAACAGUUGGCAGCCCUGGCUUCGGACAAACUGCUCAAACUAUAGGUAGCUCCCCAUUUGGUCAAGCCCCACCAAACCAAACAGUGGGAAGCUCUGCAUUUGGACAAACUAAUCAAACUGUAGGAAGUUCUCUAUUUGGACAAGCACCACCCAAUCAAACUGUUGGAAGUUCUGCAUUUGGACAGACUGCCCCAAACCAAACAGUUGCUAGUCCUGGUUUUGGACAGACCGCCCCAAAUCAAACAGUUGCCAGCCCUGGGUUUGGACAGACUGCCCCAAAUCAAACUGUUGCCAGUCCUGCAUUCAGACAGACUGCCCCAAAUCAAGCAGUUGCGAGUCCAGCGUUUGGACAAGCUAGUGCUACUCAGAAUGCCCCACAGAACUUGUCAUUCGGCCAGACACAGCAGCAAACCACAGCUGCAACGGCCUUUGGUAAUACUGCUGCAGCAGCGCCAUUUGGAGUUGGGGCUGGGUCAGGAUUUUCCUUCUCGAAAGCAACAACAGCAAGUUCUGGAUUCUCAUUCACACCGACAUUCACAAUGCCAACAUCCCAAACAGCUGCUACAACAACUCAAACAACACAAGCUAGCUUCUCCCUAACACCCGCAUCGUCUGCGCCCAGCUUCGCCCAGAGCGCUCCGGCAUUCUCACAGAUGUUUGCUAAAUCAACCACCUUCACACCUACCACUGCAUCGGUCACCACUACUGCUGCUGCUUCUACUGCAGCGCCAUCAUUCGCCACAUCAUCUAGCUUCAGUCUCGGUCAACAGCCAAGUUUCUUGUCUCAACCAUCAGCUACCACAGCUGCGACAAGCUUUUCAUUCGCUCAAAGCCAAGCCACACCAAGUUUCCCUACAAGUCAACCGCAAGUCAGCAAGCCAUUGACUUUCUCAACUCAACCAACAACUCAAGCUACAAGUCUUGGCUUCUCAAUACCAAGCAGUCAAGUUAGUCAAGCUGUCACUCAAGUAACGAGCCAGGCUGCACCAGCUGUAACCUCUCAAGCUCCAAAGCUUAACUUCAAUGUGGCAAGCUCAACGAGCCAAGCUACAACUGUAGCUUCAUCAGGAAUUGGAUUUGCAGCAUCUCAGCCGAGCACACUUACCUUCGUUGGGUCCGCACCGACCAGUGUUAGUUUGCCAUUAGGAAAGACUACGGCUACCACCACUUCUGCUACUGCAACUCCAGCAAGCACUGGUAUAUCACUGGGCAAAACCACAACUGCUUCUACUACAAUGACGGCACUUACCACUGCGACAACUACAACAGCAUCCGGUCCUCCGCAGCCAAUAACAUCUAUAACUUUUGCACAACUGGAAGAGAACAUCAACAAGUGGACAUUGGAACUAGAGGAACAAGAGAAGAUAUUUAUAAACCAGGCCACACAGAUUAAUGCAUGGGAUAGACUGCUUAUUGCCAACGGAGAUAUGAUAGUGGAGCUGAACGACACAAUCCAGAGUGUGAAGAACGAGCAACAAAGCCUGGAGCAUGAACUGGACUUUGUUGUUGCUCAACAACGCGAGCUGCAGGAGAUGCUUGCACCGCUCGAGCGUACUUUGCUUGCUGACAACGACCGCCUCCGAGAUCCCGAGCGGGAGCACAUGUACACACUGGCUGAAAAUUUGGAUACACAGUUGAGACAGAUGUCAGAAGACCUCAAGGAGGUCAUUGAGCAUCUAAAUGAGACCAACAGGAGUCAGGACACCAAUGAUCCUAUUGUUCAAAUCGGACGUAUAUUAAAUGCUCAUAUGUCAUCAAUGCAGUGGAUAGAUAACUCCAUAGCUCAAAUUUCAACUAAACUGGACCAGCUGAAAGCGACGCAUGACACUUUGAGGAGAGACAACGAGAGAUCCUUCCAGCUUACAUAUAACUAAGUUUGUAAGCAAAUGAACAUUUAAAUUGUGAUUAAUUGAAUUGUGAAGUGUCAAUAUUAAUAGGUUUCCAUUGUUGAUUCCUUGUACAAAAUAUAAUUUCAUCCUUCUCAUUCUAUUUGACAAUACUUGUAUGGAUAUUUGAUUUGUUCUUAUAGUAAAUGUAACCUUGAAUUAAUGUUUCAAAUUAAAAGCUAACUAAUGUAAACUUUUGUCUUCACAUUUUUUUAGUUACUGUUGAAAAUAAAAAACAAUGUAUGAAAACUUUUUUGUACACAAUAUUUAAGAUUGUAUUUGGAACUGUGGGUCUAGCACGAAUAUUUGUGUUGUACUUUACGCCUGAUACGUUACGGCUGCACAAAUUUUAAUACUUUGUCGUCGACACAAAUAUUCGUGCUAGGCCUACAGAAUAUAGGUAACUUUACAAUAAACAAUUAUUGUUUAGUCAAUGAAGAAAACAAAACCGUUACUGUAAAUGUUUUGUGCAAACAUUAUUACUGUGAAAUGUUACACUUGAAUUGUCUCAAUUAUAUUUAAAUAGAAUAAGAGAGAUGAAAUUGUUUUAUAUAAUUCACAAUGGGUUUUUGAGACCAAAAUCCCC